CAGCAGAACUGAGAUUGAAACUGAAGUUGACUCCAAAGCUUGUCUUUCCCCCAUUACAUGGAACUUCAUGGAAAACAGGACAAAUAAGAGACCACGGAGCUGGGCAGCAAGAAGGAGCUGAAGUCCAUGCCCUUCAUCACCUACCUCUCAGGCCUGCUGACGGCCCAGAUGCUGUCGGAUGACCAGCUCGUCUCGGGGGUGGAGAUCCGCUGCGAGGAGAAAGGCCACUGUCCGUCCACCUGCCACCUCUGCCGCCGCCCAGGCAAGGAGCAGCUGAGCCCCCCGCCGGUACUGCUGGAGAUUAGCCGUGUGGUGCCACUGUACGCGCUCAUCCAGGACAACGGCACCAAGGAGGCCUUCAGGAGUGCGCUGAUGAGCUCCUACUGGUGCUCGGGGAAAGGGGAUGUGAUCGACGACUGGUGCAGGUGUGACCUCAGCGCCUUCGACGCCAGUGGGCUCCCCAACUGCAGCCCCCUCCCGCAGCCAGU